AGCAUUUUUUAGAGUGUAGGUUCCAAACAACAUUGGACCCCAUUGACUUUUAUUGUAAGGACAAAAAAACAGAGAUUUUUUUUACAUUUUUUUUUGUUUCCAGAAAUAAUCUUUUGUCUAAGCAUUUAGAAGGGAGAAAUACUCAUGCUAGACUGUAGUUUAUUGACUUUUCCUCAGCUUUUAAUACUAUCCAACCUCACAUUUGAGACUUAUAGAGCAUUUUAAGCUGAGCAACAAUGUGGUGGGUUGGAUACUGGAUUUCUUGACAAACAGAACACAGAGGGUUGAAAGUAAAUGGCAUUUUAUCCGAUUUAUUAUGUUCGUCCACUGGUUCACUUGUGUUUUACAUUAAGACACUACGAUCAUUAAAGACCAGGCGGUGGAUUGUGUAGAAAGCUACAAAUAUCUCAGGACAGUCAUAGAUUCUAAAUUGGCUUUUGAAAUGAACUGUGAGAUGGUAUGUAAAAUGGGACAUCAGCGUCUGUUUUGCCUCAGAAAGCUGUCCAGAUUUCACAUUGAGAAAUCUAUGAUGACCCUUUUCUAUUGGGCUUUUAUUGAAUCAGUCUUGUCGUUCUCCUUUGUGGCGUGGUUUGGUAACUUGUCUUUGAAGAACAAAAAUUCUUUGAAUCAAAUUGUUAGGUGGGCAAGUAAGAUAGGCAAACCACAACUUAACUUAGCAGGUCUUUACUCCAACUAUUUACACCGCGAGGCGAGUUUUAUAAUUAGAGAUUGUUCCCACCCUUUACGUGCUGAGUUUAAACUCCUCCUCUCUGGUUGUCGGUUUGUGGCCCCUAGGUAGAGAACUAGAUGAUAAAGAAAUAAUUUUGUACCUGCAGCUAUAGAACUAUUAAAUGAAAAAAGCAGAUGACACUCUUUGCUAUUCAUGGUUAAUUUAUGUAUUUUAGGCGGGCGUCGAGGGUGUGUGUAGAAGCACAUUAUCAUGACUUUUUAUUUUUAUAGUUAUUGUAUAUUUUGAUGUCUUAUGGAUUGUCUUAAGGAUGGAUUGCUGAACUUCCUGUCUGCACAACAAAUUUACCUUCAGGUACUAAUAAAGAUACCUUGACCUUGAGAAAUGCAUGAACAAAGUGAGGGUAAAUGAUGUAAAUUGGGUGAACUACCCCUUUGACGGGCUACCUGCCAUCUUCACUGUUGUAAAACACUUGUAUCUGUUCUUUAACUAUAACCUAUGGAAAACACCACCUGGCUAUGUAUAUAAACGCCUAAUUUAUUCUAAAUAUUGUUCUACAUUUGUAAUAGUUUUCCUGAAAUUGCAAUAAGUUUAAAAGGUUAAAUGGGACAUUCCAUCAGAUCCCUCUAUAGGUUUCCUGCCUGAAGUGCUGAUUUGAAUAUCCGUGUAAAUGUGUGGGGAAAAAAGGGUUCAUAUGUCUUUGUUCUAGUUGACAAGCACCAAAGGGACCACUCAGAGACAAGUCUUUCUGGAGGGAGCUCAAACAGUCUGGCUUUAGUUACAGCUAGAGAGAACUAUCUGCAGAGAGAGAGAGAGGGAGGAAGGAAGGGAGGGAGGGAGAUAAGAGACUGAAGUGCUGAAGAGAGAAGAGAAAGGAUGAAUGGAACAGGACCACAUGUUGGGUUGAUGUGAGAAGCAUGCAUCAUCAGUGGCUCAUUCUCCAGCUUUUGGUGUUCGGAGUGACUGGAAACAGGAAAACACUUCCAGAUUAAGCGCUGUAAAGUUGCCUCCUCUAUUGUGAAACACAAUCCAUCUGCUCAAGGAGCUCUAAACAUCCGUGUACAACAACCAUCAACAAGGGGUGUGGAAAACAGGAGGCUGCCGAAGGUGACUGUGAACAUGUUGUCAAUCUCAGACGGGAACAUUUUGGGCUGCGCAGACCAGGAGUGCCAUGGAACGCUUCGUAUGGACUAUCAGUUCCAUGAAUUAAUCGAUGUUGCGCUUGAAAAAAUAGUCCUUUAAUGGCCCUGAAUGGGACGACUGCUGAACUCAGAUCCUCUGGGACAUCGACUGAGAUUUUGAAAUACAAAAGCGCUGAACAUUGGCUCAUGGAGCAGAAGGUGUCUCUGGGUGAUGCAGUUCUUAAUAACUCGAUGGAUUUCAAUUGUAGUGAAUUCAGAAAUAGGUCCGACGCUUUGACCUCUAACGUCCAGAAGAACUGGAUGGCACUUUUGAUUUCGCUGGUCAUAAUCAUCACAGUGGCAGGAAACAUUCUGGUCAUCAUGGCAGUGAGCUUGGAGAGGAAGUUACAGAAUGCCACCAACUACUUCUUGAGGUCUUUAGCCAUUACAGACAUGCUUCUGGGUAUCCUUGUAAUGCCAGUGGCCAUGGUGACGAUAGUCUAUGGUUACACCUGGCCACUCCCGUCGGCCUUAUGUCCGAUCUGGAUCUACCUGGACGUUCUCUUCUCCACCGCCUCCAUCAUGCACCUGUGCACCAUCUCUCUGGACCGAUACAUCGCCAUCCGUAACCCCAUCCACCACAGCCGCUCAAACUCGCUUACUAGAGCCAGAGUCAAAAUUAUAGCAGCCUGGACCAUCUCUGUGGUUAUCUCCAUGCCUGUCCCAGUUCUCGGCCUGCACGAUCACUCCAAAGUCUUCCGGAACGAAAGCUGCCAACUGACGGACGACAAUUUCGUUCUGAUUGGCUCUUUUGUGGCGUUCUUCAUCCCGCUCAUCAUCAUGGUCGUCACCUACGUUCUCACCAUCAGUGCUCUGCAAAGCGAAGCGACUUUGUGCCUGGACCAACUCAUCGUGCGGCCAACAUGGUCGUCCACUAUUGGACUCCUCCCUCGAGGCUCCCUCUCCUCCGAGCGUCUCUUCUCGCGUUCGUCUCUCUGCCGUGACGGGGCUUCCAGAGGAUCCGGCCGACGCUCCAUGCAGUCCAUCAGCAAUGAGCAGAAGGCGUCUAAAGUGCUUGGCGUGGUCUUCCUUCUCUUUGUGAUCAUGUGGUGUCCGUUUUUCGUGACGAACGUGAUGGCGGUGGUGUGCGGCUCGGCGUGUGAUGAAGAUUUGGUGGGGGGACUGAUGAACGUGUUUGUUUGGGUGGGUUAUCUGUCGUCGGCGGUCAACCCUUUCAUCUACACACUCUUCAAUAAGACUUACCGUGCCGCUUUCACCAGGUACAUGCGUUGCCGCUACCGUGACGAAAGGAGGCCUCUGCAGCUGAUUCUUGUCAACACCAUCCCUCCUCUGGUGUACAACUCUUCCGGGCUUUCCCUUAAGGUGGAGAACUCAUUAAGGAAGAGGGCAGAGGGCAGCCGGUCUGGGAGCUUCUCCAACACAGAUAGGUCAAACUCUGGAAACACACAAAACAAGCAGGAAAGGGAUGAGGUAGUAAGCCAUUUGUGAGACGAGAAACUCUAGACUCUAGAGGGUUUUUAAUUAUGGCUCACAUCAACAGACCUUAGAGACCAUCUCUUUGUAGCUGUAAAAGCUUGAAAAAUGAAGUCUUUUAUUUUAAUAUGUGUCCACCUGUGCAGUACAGCACAGUCAGCAGAUGAUACUACCUACGGCUCACAGCCAAAAGAGAAGACAAAUGCUUUAAGUUGUUCCAACAGCAAUAAAGUUUCACAACUCUCUUUGUGGCACUCAAACCACAAAUUUCUUUUUAUUUUGUACAAGAUUUGUAAAAAAAACUCACUGUACAUGUUUACGUUACACAAAUAUAAACUGUAUGAAUGAAUUACGUCACUUUUCUCACUUUAUCUUGCCUCUGGUGAGGAAUGGUUUCAUGUUCAUUAAUUUAUUAAUAUUAUAGAUUGUAUUGUGAGAACCUGUUAAUGAUACAUGGGUAGAUUAAAUAAAGCUUACAAGGAA